AUGUGCCUCCUCGGCCACUAUACCCGAAUCAGAUUUAUGCUUCUCUUGUCCAUCGGUGCAUACCAUCCGAACUCAUCCGUUGCAGCGAGCACGAGAGCCUCUUUUGACUCAGCAAGCCGUGUCCCUCUGCACGACGGCAUGUACACGACUGAGCAUAUCAAAAUCGACUCCCUUGUCGCUCUGCUACGUGCGCCGGCGUCCAAAGUGUUGCUUCUAUUCAUAUCUUUGGCCGAUCCGCACGAAGCUCGCGAGCUAAACAGAGUCACUAAAUCCGACUCGCGUGCCAAUGCCAAUACUCCUCUCUCCUUGUCUUCCAAGGCAGGCAGAGGGUGCGGGCCAGGGAAGGACUCUAUGUAA